AUUUUCGACAGCUGUGCAUGCUUUCCGGCAGAAGAAGGUUACAAAAAGGUGCGCGUUUGUUGGGACUCAGACUCAGAUGUGGAAACAGUGCUGAGGGGGAGAUGCGAAGACGAGCUCUUCUCAGGAAAGCAUGAGAGCGAAGAGAGGUGAAAGUAUGGUGAAAGACCUCUCUGGGUUGUAUGAUGGAAGGACUGAGAAAGGAAAUAUCAAUAUGCAGCUCUAGGCCCUUCCCAUGGCUUGGUCCCCCCAAAACAGAGUCCUCAACCCCGCUAUGGAAACUCAAAGACUGCUUCCCAUCCAGUGAGACAACCCCUGCUCAGCAAACAGAUAAAGAAAACAAUUACAUGGACAGCAGAAAGGCUGUGCUGGAACUGAAAGAUGUCCCUCCUCCUCCUCCGCACCAUUCUUCCUCCUCCCAAUCAUCCCAGCCCUUCCCUAUGGCCCCCUUCCCCAUGCCUCCUCCCUGCUUGCUGCCUCCUCAGCUUACACACAACUCCCUCCAGCCACAACCGCCACCACAACAACAAGAGGGGGCUAGCCCCAAAGUAAGCAUUUACACGCACUGUGACUACUGUAGCACAGACAGCUAUGGGUUAUUGGGCGGUGGAAGUGUUGUUGGUAGCAGGAGCAGCAUGGCUGGUGUUGUCUCGCUCUAUAUGGCCCCAGGCUCUCUGGGAGCACCCAGCAGCAGCUCUGGCCCUGUCUGUUCUGUUUCCUCAUCUGUUCAUCAGUAUAAACAUCACAUGAGCUGCAGAGCUGAUGCUCUUGACCCUUUGCACACUCUUGGUUACAAACCUCAGAUGUCUUCUUCUGUCGCUACCUCUCAGCCGGUUUCAUCACACCCCUACCUUUCCUGCUGUUCAGGGCCUCCCCACAACUGCCCCGCUGUUCCUGUUCCAUACAGCCAGCCAAACCUGUUCCCCUCCCCAGCACCUCUGGCUUCCUCUCUCCCCUGUGUUUCCUCUCUACCUGCUCCCUUGCAUGCCUCUUGCCUGGCCUCUUCUGGCUACUACACCUGCGGGGUGGGCUGCUGCCCGUCAGCCAGAAGACCCCAGAGAAACACACUGGGUGAUCACCCAACCACCACCACCAUCACCACUACAACCACCUCUGCACACUUCUGCUCUAACCCUAUGCACCUCAAUGUAGAACGCACGGUUUGUGUGAAGGGGGCGCACUACUGCCGGGAUUGCCUGUUUAAGCCUAUGAAUGGUCUGGCGUCAGAGUCAGACGCAGUCUGGCCCAAUGUUCCUCUUCCACAGACUGCUCCUAUCCCCAUCCCUAUUUGUAAUGGCUGUGGCACCUCCUCUGAUGGCAUGAUGAUCAUGCCGUCAACCAGCCUUGGCAAGAGUGGCCUGAAGUAUGGUUCUCCAGAGAAUGGGGGCCCUGAGAACAUCCCUCCGGUGGGGGUCUUCUGGGACAUUGAGAACUGCAGCGUGCCCAGUGGACGCUCUGCUGCAGCCGUGGUGCAGCGAAUCCGCGGCCAGUUCUUCCAAGGCCACCGUGAGGCCGAAUUCAUUUGCGUCUGUGACAUCAGCAAGGAGAAUAAAGCCGUCAUCCAAGAGCUCAACAACUGCCAGGUUACUGUUGCACACAUCAACGCCACAGCCAAAAAUGCCGCGGACGACAAGCUUCGGCAGAGCCUGCGACGCUUCGCUGAGACGCACACCGCCCCCGCUACUGUCGUACUCGUAUCCUCGGAUGUAAACUUUGCAAGCGAGCUGAGUGACCUGCGCCAUCGCCACGGUUUCCAGGUUGUCCUGGUCCACGGCAACCAUGCAUCUCCAGCGCUGCUGCAGCAUGCCAACCGCCACGUGGCCUUCCAGGAGAUCACGGCAGAUCUGCCUCCACGUAUGCUUGUCAAAGCACAGCCCAGUUUCAACCUCCUCUAUGUGCACAACCUCCCUGAGAACUGUGAUAAGAGCCUGCGGAACGCCGUGAAGCUCAGGCUGCGCCGCCUCUCAGACAACUGUGGCGGCAAGGUGCUGGGCGUGUCCCAGGGCACAGCUGUCCUCCGUUUCGGCAGCAAUGAGGCAGCGGCGCGUGCCCGCAAGCGAAUGGAGAAUGAGGAUGUGUUUGGCCGCAGUAUCAGCCUCUCCUUCUCCCCGCGGCCCAGAAACGAUGCAAGUCCCGAGCCUGAGCUUCAGUCUCAGCCCCAUCAAUUGCCACAGCCUAUGACUCUUCCCCACACCAAUCACAGCCAGGAUUCAAUGUUUGCCCCGCCCCCAUCCAUAUCCUCCUUCUCCUUCCUACCCCUGGAGAAGCCAAGGUCACCCAGGAGGCCACGGCGAGCGACCCGCCCGGGCAACGCCCCUGGCCCAGAGCCUGAAAGGCCCUACAGCCCCAGGAGGGGGUGUAGUGGGCCCCCCGGUGGUGCUCCAGCCAAGCCCCAUCAGGAGCUAGGGAUUGUGAAGGGUUUCCACACCCUGGAGAAAGGACAAGCUGCUUCCUCCUCCCCCCACAGCAACGAAGAGACCUCCCUGCAGAUGCUGCCAAAUCCUGGCCUCAUUGGAGAAUCCAUGUACAGGAGAAGUGGGGCUGAGUCCCCUAUAGACCAAGGGGACAGGAGCUCAGGGGACUUCCAGAUCAGCACACCCUCAGCCUUCAGCAAGUUGAACCUGCAUAGGAGCUUCAGCCCCCUCAUCCUGUCCCAGGGCUCCUGGUCGUCAAGGAGUGCGUCGCCCUGCCUGUCCAGCCGCUCCUCCCCCCUCCUCACUGCCCCUCGCAGCCCGUGCCCUGAAGGGGCUCCUGAGCCGUUCUCAGACGGGGCAGACGUGCAGGUGGCCAACCUGGACUACAGAAUGUCCCGCAAAGAACUGCAGCAGACACUGCAUGACACUUUCACCCGUUACGGGCGGGUGAAAGCUGUGGAGCUCAGCCCGCACACAGACUAUCAGCUGAAGGCCACAGUCCAGAUGUUGUCCCUGCAGCUGGCCAUCAGUGCCAUCAGCGGCCUGCACCGCUAUAAGAUCGGAGGCAAGCGCAUUCAGGUGUCUCUGGUCACCGGGGGCGGCAACAAAUCCCUCGCUAUGCUCAGCACAGAGAUCAUCCACAUUCUUCAGGAUGCACCUGCCAAUUGCCUUCCCCUCUUCAAGUUUACAGAGAUCUAUGAGAAAAAAUAUUCCCGUAAGCUUGUGGUGGGGGACCUGUACAGGCUGCCUGAGGUGGUGGCAGUGCGGGAGCAGGGAGGCUCCAGGCUCGUGUGCCUGCUGCCCAGCAGCCAGAUCCGUCAGAGUCCUUUGGGGUCCUCCCUGUCCCAGGAGGCCUCCUCCUCAGCCAGCGGCAGCCCCGUGGUGUUCGAGGAGCUCGAGUACCAUGAACCCGUCUGCAGAGACCACUACACACAGAGGGACUUCAGUGAAGCUGACUUUGACCCUGACUCCUAUAAAAUACCCUUCGUUGUGAUGUCUCUAAACACCUUGGCCUCCGAGGUCCACAGUCUGCUGCAGUCACAUGAGGGAACUCUUCCAUUACUCAGUUUUCCAGACUGCUAUGCAUCAACGUUCAGCCCUCUGCAGCUGGGCACUGAGAGUCUGCAGGACGGUGUUCCUCUAGAGCACCUCAUUACAUGUGUUCCCAGUAUUACUAUCGUCACAGCUCAGAACGGCUUCAAAGUUAUCAAGUGGAUCCACAACAAACCGCCAGCACCAAACUCCGAGCCAUGGAUUCAGCGCUGCAAGAGUCCAGUUGGAAACCCACAGCUCAUCCAAUUCAGCCGAGAGAUUAUCGACCUGUUAAAGAGUCAGCCUUCCUGCUUCAUGCCCAUGAGCAAGUUCAUACCCUCCUACCACCAUCACUUUGCCAAGCAGUGCCGUGUCUCCGACUACGGCUACUCCAAACUGCUGGAGCUCCUGGAGGCCGUGCCACACGUCCUGCAGAUUUUGGGAAUGGGCACCAAGCGUUUACUGACUCUGACUCAUCGGGCUCAAGUGAAGCGCUUCACCCAGGACCUGCUCAAACUGCUUAAAUUUCAAGCCAGCAAACAAGUGGCAAUCAAGGACUUCAUGCAAGCAUACCAUUGGUGCUUCUCUAGAGACUGGAGGGUAGUUGACUACGGCAUAUGUGACCUGAUUGACCUGCUGACGGAGAUCCCCGACACCACCAUCACCAUCGCACAUCAGGACACGGACACCAUCAUCUCUGUUCCCAAGAGAGAGCGUACGAUGGAGGAAAUGGACCACACUAAGCAGUUUGGAAAGGAGGUGGUGGACCUCCUCCGUCACCAGCCUCACUGCCGGAUGGCCUUCAGUAAGUUCAUCCCCACCUACCACCAUCACUUCGGCCGUCAGUGCAAGCUCAGCUACUACGGCUUCACCAAACUGAUUGAACUCUUCGAGGCGAUCCCCAACAUUCUGAUGGUGUUGGAGUGUGGAGAGGAGAAAGUGCUGACUCUGACAGAAGUGGAGCGCAUCAAGGCUCUGGCGGCGCAGCUGGUGAAGCUGCUGCGGGCUCAGAAGAACUCCAGCCUUCCUGUCAGCCAGCUGCUCACCGAGUACAGCAAGACCUUCGGAUACGGCCUCCGCCUGCAGGACUACGACGCCAGCUCCCUGCCCGCUCUGCUCACCAAACUCUGCCAUGUUGUCAAGGUGGUGGAUGGCUCUGCGGGUCGGGAGGUCCAGCUCAUCAACAGGAAGUCUCUGCGCUCGCUCACUUCCCAGCUGUUGUCUCUGCUCAUGUCCCAAGAGGAGGAGCAGGUCAGCUGGGGGCUCGGGGUGGAGGAGUUGAGUCAGCACUACCUGACUGCCCACGGAGCCACGCUCAACCCUUGUGAAUACGGCUUCCUGUCUCUCAGCGAGCUGCUCAAGAGCCUGCCUUACUUGGUGGAGUUGUACAUUGAAGAGAGUGAUGACGCCGACCAAGCCCCCAGUGGUGUUUGUGGUGAGGAGCGGGUGAGGCUGACCCGGCUGUACCAGUUCGCCCGUAACGUCCGCAGCCUGCUCCACACCUACCACUACAACCAGAUCUUCCUCACUGAGUUCCAGGGGGCUUACAACAAAUUCACAUGCCGCAUCCUCGAACCACGCUCCUAUGGAUACAUGGGUAUCGACGAGCUGCUCAGCGCCAUUCCACAGGUGGUCUGGAUCAAAGGGCACGGUCACAAGAGGAUUAUCGUUAUGAAGAACGAUAUGAAAGUAAGGGCAAGCUAUUCAGUUCCCAGCAGUCCGCAGCUAGGAGAGCCCACGGAGAGCCCGAGAGAGAGCCCGAGAGAGAGCCCGAGAGAGAGCCCCAUGACCAACGCUACGUCAGGAGCCCAGAGUCCAGGCUGCGAUGUAGUGUCAGAGUCGGAGCUGCUGGGUCUGACCCCCCCCCUGGACCUGCUCUGUGGUCCGUUCCCCUCCUGCCUGCCCUCCCCUCAGCUCCACCCAGACCCCGUCCUCCAAGAGAUGGACCUCAUUCACUUUGAGGAGAAAACUCCACCACCAGAGAGCGGGGAACCUGCAGCUGUAGCCGACUCUGCAGUCUCCAAACCAGACAGGAAGCCCCCCUUGUCCACGGACAGUCCCGGCAGGAGAGCCACGCGCAGCAGAAUCAAACUCGCUGCCAACUUCUCCUUCACGGCAGGCCUCUGAUCCUCUACACACACAGCAAUACUAGUUCACACAGUGUAACUCUAAAUCAAAGAGUUGAGCGGCGACACUGAACACACCACACAGACCAGGAGCGUUAGUUCUUAACCGGCUGCUUUCUUCUUAUAUCUCCUCAUCGGCCAUCUUUGUUUUCUUCCGUUUGCUAAUUUCACAAUUGGUUCCGUGAUUCUGAGCGUGUUCGUCAUGCUGUGACUUUCUUCUUGCAGACUUUCUGCAGUUCUUUUAUUUGCCAAAUGAACCUACUGUAACAUCUUGAUUCCGAGGGAAGUCUAAUUUUCUGUGUGGAUCUAAAGUUCAGCGCCACGUUGUUUCAACUCGCUGGCUUACAAUGAAAACAGUCUAAAUAUGAGUUGCCACUGCAUACAGAGUAUGCGAUAAUGGGAGAAAUGCUAGGGAUAAAUGACUACGUUUUCUAUGUUGAAUCCAACUAAUGUAGUUUUAUAAAAUUACAGAAGAGAUUAUUGGUUCAAGCGGCAUCUCAAGAAACCUUCAUUUAUACAUCCUUGCUGGAUCCCCUAAGACGGAGCAUUUAAUUUAUUCAUUUUUAAACUCCUUUCAAAUGUUGUGACUCUUUGCUUUUUAGGUAACUGUAGACAUGUCAACAAAAUGGCUGCUGAGCACCAGCGUACUCUUGGGUAAAGUCUCCAAAUGGGUAGCUUCUCUGAGGUAUCUUCUCGUCUUUGUUAGGUAGCCUCAGGACAGCAUUUUCAGUUCCUUUUUAUAAAUGCAGAGUAUGUAUUAGUCUGUGGGAGAGUGUUGCCCAAGUGUGUGGUGUAUUUUGAUGACAUUAGUGUUAACUAUUCAGAAUGUGGCUUUCCUUAACGGAAGCCAUCCGUUUUUGAACGGUUUACAGCGAGGUUUUGAUUGAUAUUGCGACUUAAAAUCUCAGGAAUUUUUAUUCUUGUCGUAUUUGACCUUAUUUAUUGCAAAGAUUUUGGCUCUUCUCUGCAAGUCCUUUUCUGAAGACCUGAAAGGGGGGGGGAGAAAGUGGCUCUCUAAUACUCCGGGGGUCCAGAUGUGUGCUGAGGCGGCAGGAACUGAGAUGUAGAACUUUAGCCAGCAGUUGUGUUCUUUUAGCUGCAGUUUGUCUGUGGGGUUUACACCGGAGUAGGUGGUGUGAAAUAUGCAUGGUGUGCAUAAAUGAGUUUAUGCAUGGUGUAAGCCCGGGAGGAGCAGGCGAAUGCCAUUUCUUUUACAUCAGACUUUUAUUUCCACCGUGUCUCGGAGAGUCGGUCUCACCCCCUGCCACAAAACGCUCAAGGUUCUCGAACCUUGUUGCUGGUCAGUCUGUGGGGACGUGGACUGCCUGAGGAAGAGUUCAGGGGAGCGGAGAGCACUCCCGAGUUUUUGAUUUUUAACGACGAGGUGAUUGGUUGUGAGAUAUUAGAUUGGCGCGGUGGGCUGUUUUGAGGAGCACCACGGGGGCUCUGGGCGGCCUCCUGAAGAGACGACGUGCACACAGAGGACCCUCUGCGGCUCUCUGGAAUCUGCCGGGCUUUUACAAUGGCUUGUAUUUGCCGCGGUGCCAAAGGAAUCCCCAUCGCCUAUCUCCCCCUCAGGCCCCUGCAUCUCGCAACGUUUUCACUUACCGAUGUGUGUUGGUUUCUCAGUUUUUCCUCAAGUGUUUACAAGACUGCUGGAUGCCCUAUUGCCACCAAAAAUGUUGGAUGCUGUGAAGUGAAGCCCGACCGCUGAAGUCUAAAGGUUGUUUGUGUUCGGAGGAAAGGUUAAACAAAAUGGGGAAUAGCCCAUUUAAUCAGUUUCUGUCCAGUUUCAGUGUUCACCUCUUUAGCCAGUGUUAAUCAUUUAGUUUGUCAGACUUAAUUUUGACUUGAAGCCUUUUUAAAUCUGAGAUUUCCACCUGCUGACUCGCCAAAAUGUCAAACACAAAUGUUUUUAAAUCAGCGCCGGUCGGGAUCUCAACUGCAUUGUUUUACUGACUGUCUGGAAACCUCUUUACAUUACGGAACAAGCAGAGUAGAUAAUAGUAGUUAAUUAUUUCAAAUUGUUAUUGUCCAAAAGGGGCUGAAAAUGCUCAACGAGAAAUGUCUAGAUUUAAUUAAGCAGCAAGGAUGUCUUUUAUGACUUGAGCAAACCCUAGCUCUCCCUCAGUACUGCAGUGGCACCUUUCUCAUUUUAAUAACUUCUGUUUAGCUUUCCCUAUCCUCUCUUUUCGUCACACCAGUGAAACGCUAUUGUACCUGUGAAAAUAUGCACUUUUGCAUAGUUUUGCUUCAUGAAAUACUGUGAAAUUAGCUAUUGUUUUUGUGUCUUACCUUGACCUUAGUAUUCUGUUUCAUGUUGCACUACAACAAAAUGUCCUUUAUUCAGCAGUGUCUUUAAAACUCCUGCCUUGUGAUUAUUUUGUUUACUUCCACCCCCCCCCUCAUUAUACUGCCUCACUGCACCAGAAGUCGCUGUGAAAGUCUAACGUUGUUAUAAAGGGACCAAAAAAAGAUUUCUGUUAAUAAAUUUCACAAGCAUCA